CGCUGGUGCGCAGGCGCGCUCUGCCAGUCUCCUCCGAGGCGAGAGGCUGACAGAAGCGCGUCGGAGUCGCUGCCGAGCGGGGUCUCGCCGAGACGCGGCGCCAUGUUCCGGCGGAAGCUGUCGGCGCUGGACUACCACAACCCGGCCGGGUUCAACUGCCGAGAUGAAACUGAAUUUCGAAACUUUAUUGUAUGGCUGGAAGACCAGAAGAUCCGACACUACAAAAUAGAAGACAGAGGAAAUUUAAGGAACAUCCACAACGCUGCAGAAUGGACAAACUCCUUCGAAAAGUACCUUAAAGAUGUGAAUUGCCCCUUCUCUGUACAAGAGCGACAAGAAACCAUUGAUUGGCUGCUGGGAUUGGCGGUGAGGCUGGAGUAUGGGGACAAUGCUGACAAGUAUAAAGACGCCACACCCGAUGGGGCAAAAAAUGCCGAUAACGCAGCCAAAAAUGCAGAACCCCUGAUAAACCUAGACGUGAACAAUCCCGACUUCAAAGCUGGCGUGAUGGCUUUGGCAAACCUCCUUCAAAUACAACGCCAUGACGACUAUCUGGUGAUGCUCAAGGCAAUUCGCAUUUUGGUUCAAGAGCGCCUGACGCAGGAUGCUGUAGCGAAGGCAAGCCAGUCAAAAGAGGGUUUGCCUGUUACCUUAGACAAGCACAUUCUUGGCUUUGACACAGGAGAUGCCGUUCUCAACGAAGCUGCUCAGAUCCUCCGCCUGCUGCAUAUAGAAGAACUCCGUGAGCUGCAGACGAAAAUUAACGAAGCGAUUGUAGCCGUUCAGGCAAUUAUUGCCGAUCCAAAAACUGACCACAGACUGGGCAAAGUGGGGAGAUGAACACCCCCUGAAGACUUCGGGCUCUCGUGUUCUUAGCACGCGGGUAGGGGGUAGGGGGCUCCUACAAACCCUUAGCAUGCAUUUCAUAAUGGAUACCGCUCCUGCGUUUGGAAAGAAAAUGGGGGACCUGCCAGAGAUUCCACUAAAUACCCGUUUUCUUUACAUCAAUAAAAUCUUGGGUUUAAAGAGA